AUGAAAGCACAUGUACAUGAACUAAAAGCGGCAAGUUUUGUUAUUCAUCAAAUGAAAUUGUUCACAUUUACGAAUGUUCUCGUUCACAUCACGUCCUUAAGCGUGUUUGAUAGUGAAAAUGAGCAAGUUUUUCCUGAUAGAAAAUCUACUAGAAAUGUGUUCAUGUUUUAUAACGAAUCUUCAAUUUAUCAUCCCAAAGUUUGA